CCAUCUCUAGGCCACACCGCCCGCUCCGUCUUUCCACGUGCAAUUCGAGAAAAAGCACGCGUUACCCAGCCUGUACAUUUAUUUGUUCAAUUUGAAACGGUUAUUCUUGAGAAAUUGCUAAUAUGGCCCAAAAGAAAGUCGUAGCCGCCAAGGGCAAGAAAGCCGCGAAUGGAGUCGAGAAACAAGUGACCAAGCGCGGGGCUAAACCGCAGAAGGUGCAGGUGGAGGAGGAAGAGAGCGUGGUCGCUCAGUCGCCCUCAAAGAAGACCAAGAAGCAACCUGUAAAGGAGGUGCCGACGUCUAGCGAGGAGGAGUCGGACGCCGAAAACCAGAACAGCGACCAAGCGGAGGAGGACAGCGAUUCCGAGGAGGAAGGAGCUGCAGAUUUUAUCGAUGACGAGGCUGAGGAGGACGAUAGUGGCGAAGAGGACGCCGAUGAAGAUGAGGUGGAGCCUGGGGAGGUUUCCAACAGGCAAGCCGCCGAGGAAGAAGAAGACUCUGACGAUGAUGAUGAGGCACCUAUUGAGCAGCCCGUUUCCAAAAAGGGAAAGGAAUCUGAGAAACAAGGAAAAGUUAACGUUGAGUCCGGUAAAAAAGGUGGAAUUCCGAAAAUACGCGUUGGCAAGGUUCCCCCAGGAACGCCCAAGAAUCAGACCAUCUUUGUCACAAACCUACCGAACGAAUAUAAACAUAAGGAUGUGGUCGCCUUGUUCGCCAAGUUUGGACCCAUCUCCGCGCUGCACCGUAUAACGAACAAGUAUGGCGUCAAUUCAGCUAUAAUAGCCUUCGAAACGCCAGCUGCCGCCGAAGCCGCUCUACAGGCCAAACCAAAGGCGCUGACUCUUGGAGAAAAUGUUUUGUCCGUAUCCCAGCCUAGAGACAAGGAAUCUUUUAACGAGCGUACGGUGGUGGUAGGCUUGAUUGGACCCAAAGUUACCAAAGAAGAAUUGAAGGCAGUUUUUGAAAAGGUAGCUCCCGUGGAGUCAGUCACCUUGUCUGCUAACCGCACAAACCCCAAAGCAUUUGUACGAUUGCUGUCGGUUGAUGACGUCCCAAAGGCUCUUUCACUACACAGCACCGAGCUUUUUUCUCGCUUCAUCACUGUGCGAGAGGUGAAGGUCAAGACUGACAAGCCGAAGUCCAUCGAAAAUACCCUGGUCAUCGAAAAUUUGGGAAAACACGAGUCCUUUAAUUGCGAUGCAUUGGAAAAGAUAUUCAAAAAGUUCGGAGAAGUGGAUUUUGUGGACGUUGUGUGCAGCAAGACAGUCCUGGCCUUUGUUACCUUUAAGCAGGCAGAGGCAGCGUCAAAGGCUUUGACCCAACUUCAGGGCAAGACUAUAAACAAUCUGGAGCUGAAGCUCCAGCGCUUCGAGCGAAGCUCCGGGGCAAGGAGCAUUUUAGUGACAAAUUUAACCUCAGAUACCACUGAAGACGAUCUGCGUGAAGUGUUUAACGAGAGUGGGGAAAUUGAAAGCAUCCAGAUGUUGGGCGUCAAAGCUGUAGUAAAAUUCACAAAUGACGAUGGUUUCUGCAAAUCAUUCUUGGCUAAUGAACGCAUUGUGAAUAACCACCCAAUUUUUAUCGAGCCCAAUUCUCUCUUGAAGCAUAGAUUAAUAAGGAAACGUGCCGCAAUCGGCCAUGCCCAUCCUCCCGCCAAGUUCCAGAAAAACGGAAACAAAAAUUUUGGCAAAAAACCUUUUAACAAGCGUCCGGCACAGGAAAAUGGUAGCAAACCGUUUGUCAAGAGGGCGAAGUUUUGAAUUUUCGACACCUAAAAUGGUUAGUUUUAAGUUGUGUUGUUCCAUAAUUCGGCCACAAUACGUUUGAUUCCAUGCCACCUUAUGCAAUGGAUUUAGUUGUUAGAAAAACCCCUACAAAUCUGAAGCGGAGAAAUUCAAGCUUUCUUUUACACGAUUUUGGCUUUUAUAAACAACAUCUCUUUCAAAAAAUAAAAGAGCCACAAAAUUUAA